CCUGCGUGUUUGAGGAGGGCCGCGAGAGGCACCACCAAUCAGCGCCUCUCAACCACCAGCAGCUGCCUCCGUCACCGCCGCCGCCCUCCAGUUGCUUCGUGCACUGGCUGAGCGUUGGUAGUGUCUCGCUGUGUCGUGGUUACCCUCGCUAACUUUUCUCGCAUAACUUCUUGCGUCCAUCAAUACAAACAAGUGUUAAAAGUCACUCUUGGUGUUUCUUGUGCUCCUUAACUCCAGUUCCCGGCGGUGUUUGCCUCUGUGUCAUUUGUUGCGGAACUUUGAAACUUUGACGGUGGAGGAGCAGGAGGUGGUGGAGGCGCUGGUGGUGUUUUCUUAGCCCUGGAGCACCGCACUCCGCCACCGAUCUCUUGGACCAUCACAGCCACAGGACGCGCCUCAUUACAAUUGACCUUCACCUGAUACUACAAGACCCGUGGCGCGGCGGCGGUCCGGCGGCACCCUGAGACUAGUGAUACUGCUGUCUUGGCACGGGACACCGGGUGCCGAGAGUAGAACCGCUUACUGGAUCCAAAACGAGGCGACGUAGGAGAGUCUGAUUUCUCAAGAGGCUUCCUGGCGGUGCCCUUAUCCCGUGACCUUCUCAGACGGACGCUGUGAGGGGCGGCGACCUGCAUGGAGUCACUAGAACUGUUACCCUUGCCUGAAGAACACUGAGGCUGGUAAUUUUUGUGCUGCUGAUGCUUAAGAUGCAGUGAGACUCAAGGCUCGGACAGGAGACAAAAGCUUAUGAAGUGGCGUCUCGCGGGGCUGAGAGAGGACUAAGUGUGGUGAUUAUAUGGUGAAGUGUAAGCUUGCGUUCUUCGUCAGGAUGGCUAUGAACGUGGUGAUCCCGCUGCUCAUCCCCCUGGAGGAGAACCUGUAUAAUUCCACGAGAUUAGCAUCAGGACCAGACGUGUCGUUCGUGGAGUUCUCCCAAACCCGCUACUGCGCCUCCCUUUCCGAGGACAGCCCACAUGGCGCCUCCGUGGCCACCGUGUUCGCCUCCCACUCUGACGACGAGGACGUGCGGUACAGUAUCACGGGCGGCAACAGAGACGGCCUUUUCACCAUCGAUCAGCACAGCGGGGUCAUCACUCUCGCCGCGGCGCUGGACUACGAAGUGCUGGAUAAGCAUGAACUGGUGGUGGUGGCGGAGGCGGCCGGCGAGGUAGCGCACACCAGGGUCCGCGUGAGGGUACGAGAUGUGAACGACAACCCGCCUUACUUCCUCGACCCGCGGCCCUACGUGACUCUAGUAGAGGAGGACGACCGCUCCCUACCCGCCUCCAUCAUCACGGUGACGGCAGAGGACCCUGACUGGCUGGACCACCAUGGACUGCUGUACACGGUGCGCGGUGAUGGAGUGGACGGCUUCCAUCCGGACAACGCCUUCUUCUCCGUCAACUCCCUCACAGGCGAGGUGAUCCAACUCAGGCCCUUGGACCGCGAUCCGCCCGCUGGACGCGCCGUGUGGCGGGUGCGCGUGCAGGUGAGGGACGGGCAAGCGCUGUGGAGCCGCGAGGCUAUCCACCGCCACCUCGCUAGCAAGGACACCGCCAGACGCAAGGAAAAAGAAAAAGAUGCAAAGAAAACAACUCGGAAUUCGCACAGAAAACGUGAUUACAUGUCCGGCAGAGGUGACGUCAGCAGCAGCUCGGCCCCCUCCGCUAAGGAGGGAGGACGGGCGCGGGUGAACAGUGUAUUGAGCAGACAUCGCACUGAAGCAUUGACCAGGGAACACUUCGGGGCAGACUCGGGUAAAACCAUCAGCAGCCUUAUACGUGGGAAAGAUAACUAUUUUGAUAUCGAAAAAAAAACUUAUUUUGAUGUGAUGGUGAAUGCCGAGCCUCGAUGUGCGCCAAGUAUGAGUAACUGCCAGAAUAAUUUGACUUCUCAAACAUACUCUGGUAAGGGAGAGGCGCCGAAUACCAGGGGCGUGGCCAGAAAAUCUCAUAGGUUGUUGCGUCGGUACCGCGGAAAGGUGAAGGCGUGGAGACAGAAGCAUAUGGCAGGCACCUCGACCAUGUGGCGGGUGAGACGCUUCAUGGAGGAGGAAGCUGAAGGAGGCGAAGAACUGAACAAGUGUGAUGACAGUAUAGACAACGAAGGGGAUUUGCCCGACGAGGAGGACCUUCACGGUCUGGGUAGCUCGCGGGUACACGUGGCGGAGACAGUGGUGACCUUGACCCUCAAAGACAUCAAUGACAACGCACCGGAGUUCCCCAACGCCACCAUGUAUGGACAAGUGCAGGAGAAUGGACCAAUAGACUUGUCUGUGGCGGUGGUGGUGGCCAGGGACGCAGACGAUGCUUUGGAGGGUGACAAUGCGCGCGUCACAUACUCCAUCCAGAAAAACGCUUUCCACGAGACCACAGGAGAUCCUAUUUUCACAAUCAACUCUGAGACUGGCCUCGUGCGGACGGCCACGUGUUGCUUGGACCGCGAGACCACGCCCCAGUACCAGGUGCUCGUGGCAGCCAUGGACGGCGGCGGCCUGCGGGGGACUGGCGUGCUGGUGGUGCGGCUCACGGACGUCAAUGACAACUCCCCGCAGCUGGAGCAAAAACAGUGGGAGGUGGAGGUGGACGAGACCUGGGGUGCCGGGCCGCCAGACAACGUUUCUCUCCUUGAAGUGUCUGUCCUUGACGUGGACACCUCCAACUACUUUUUUUACAGAGUGGUGGAAGACAGCGGCUGGGGUUGGCAGCUAUUCUCGGUGAGGUCGGUUGGGGCAGUGGGUGAGCUGUAUGCCCUCCAAACUCUGGAUUACGAGGACGAAACUCAUCGACGAGGUUUCAAGUUCAUGGUACAAGUAACAGACCGGGGACGAGGUGGAUGGGACGACAGCCGACAUGUGGAUACUGCCUGGGUGUCUGUCCACUUGAAAGAUGUCAAUGAUAAUCCACCACAGUUUUCCCGCACCCACGCCCAUGUCAAGGUGAGGGAGGAUGCAGCUCUGGGCACCCUGCUGGCCUCCAUUCCUGCUCACGACCCAGACAUGGGCGGGGAGCAGAAGGUGCAGUACCACGUGGAGGGAGGCUGGGAUGUCCUUGCUGUCAAUGCCGUGGGAGGAAUAAUCCUGCGAGGGGCCUUGGAUCGCGAGGGUCCAGGGGGUACCAUUGGAGUGGCCAAGAUCCUAGGUGUGGACCGUGGCAUUCCACCCCUCACAGCCACUGCCACACUCACCAUCACUCUUACAGACGUCAACGACAGCCCUCCUCUCCUCCUCCCUCCAGUUACCUUCCAUGUCACAGAGGACGCAGCACCCGCCCGUCUUGGGGUCCUUACUGCCACAGAUGAGGACGUGUGGGCACUGGGACAUGGCCCGCCCUUCACCUUCUCCCUGGCCUCAUCAAACCCACAGUAUAUCUUUGAUCUUAUGUCUCUACAGUUUGAUCCACAUCUGGACAGUGGACGUGGUGGGGCAGAACUAUGGACACGCUCAGCCGUGGACAGGGAGGAGCACCCUCAGCUGGUGGCAGCAGUACGUGUGGCUGAUGCCCGGGGUCUGGCAGCCACUCACCCUGUCACUGUCAUCAUCAAUGAUAUCAAUGACAACCCGAUGAAGCCAGCUGCUAAGACAACCUAUCUCUGGAGGACUCAGCGGGGCGGGGCUGAGGCACCAUUGGGCCGAGUGUUUGUGCAAGACCCUGAUGAUGGUGAUGUGGCUGAUAAGACCUUCUGCUGGGAGGGCAGCCCACACCCUCUCUUUACCCUUGACUCUCACACUGGUGACCUGCUGGCCUCCAGUCACAUCAGAGAAGGAAAGUAUGAUUUGCAUUUUUCCGUGAGUGACCAGCGGUGGGGUCACCAUGACGUAUCUGCCAAUGUAACAGUGGAGGUGCAGAUGCUGAGUGUGGAGGCAUUGUCCCAUGCCACACGCAUCACCCUCACACCCACCACUCCGGAGCGCCUCGCUAGGGGAUGGAACCCACACAAGGGCGGGGGUGGACUUGGGCGGUUGGUUACUGGCGUGGCAAAAGCGAUGGGUACGAAUGCCAAUUCAGUGGAAGUUGUCAGUGUGCACAGCUGCCCUCAGCCUCGCACCUCCUCACGCAGGAGAGCAGUGGCCAGCACUAGUAGCCUCUCCACCUGUGUCUGGAUGAGUGUACAGGAAGCUCAUGGCACCUAUAUGAAUCCUAUCAAGUUCCAAGGACUCCUGGCUCUCCACAGUGUGCAGGUAGAAGCAAUGACCAAUCUCACCAUACUGACUGAAGGGCCCAGUAUUGCAGCAGAGGGUGAUGUGGAACACUUCAUGCACCACUUCUCCCUCCCUUCCUUUCACAACAAUGGGGCUCCUGAUCCAUCAUCUGCAGCCUCCACAACUCUUCCACUUCAGGUAGUGGACACAAAUUCCACCUCACUGGUGACACCACGUCUCAGCCGCAGCCAUGACUGCCUUGUGCCUGAGUCUGGAACGUGUCUGUCCGUCCCUUGCCUCAACGGUGGCCGCUGCUUUGGUUCACACUUGGAGAAAAGGUGUAUCUGUCCUGGGGACUCUUGGGGACCUCGGUGCAAGGUAUUGAGUCGCACCUUCACUGGCAGUGGGUGGAUGUGGGUGAGGCCACUGCCACUGUGUCUUCCCACCACCAUAUCCCUCCGAAUACUCACUCGACAAACACACUCACUCAUCCUCUACUCAGGACCCCUGGGAUCCCAUCAGCGUCAAUCAAAUAACUCCCCGACACCCAUGUUGGCCUUACAGUUGUGGGAGGGGCAUCCCCAGUUACUGGUUGAAGGUGGACUAGAACCAAUAAAACUUGGGGUUAAUGCUGUAGUCAAUGAUGGAGAAUGGCAUACCAUUCACCUCCGGUUCAAUUAUAAGGGUGUAGUGCUAGCUGUGCACCCGUGUGGCAAUGGUUGGCUCAGUGCCUCGCAGGAUGAUGACCAGUGCAUGGCAAGUGUUUCCUGGACCAGCCCAUUCAAUAUAAAGGCUUGGCUGGCAUCUUGGCCCCUGCAGGUGGGUGGUUUGGCCCACACAACACCCAGUGCUGCCUACCACAGUUGGAAGGAGGCUCCAACACCAAACCCACUUGAUGGCUGUGUCUCACAUCUUACACUUAAUGGUCAGCUGGUGGACUUGGGAGAGCCGGCCUAUAGUAAGGGAAGCCAGAAGGGUUGCCGCCCACAGGAGAGUGCUUGCCCUACAAAUUGUGGCUACAAAGGAUGGUGCGAGGGUGGCUUCAAUCAUCCAUACUGUGACUGUCAGCCAGGGUGGAUGGGCCAUGGCUGUUCCACGCCCACAACCACCUAUGCUUUGGGACCACACUCCUCCGUGAGCAUGGCUCUGUCUUUCACACUGGUUCCUGAGUCAUUAACCAUGCAGGUCCGAAUACGAACCACUGACCUCAACAGCCGGCUUCUGCUGCUCCUCAGCCUCCCUCAGGAAGAAGUUAAUUUUUCCAUUUAUCUGAGGUCUGGCCUUGCAUGUGCGACUGUUUCUGGGAUGGGACAGGAACUUAACACUGUGUGUGUUGAGGGCCGUCCUGUUGGAGAUGGUGCCUGGCACACCAUCAAGGCAGAGCAUCACGGCCACUACCUAGUGGUGGCUGUUGAUGACGGCGAUGGAUGGCGACGUAAUGAGUCUGUGGGGAGGUUGCUGGCAGACAAACAGGUUCAGCCCUUGUCACUGUUUGAGGAAGACCAGCAGGAGCUCCACCUGGUCGUAGGCAAUCCACUGGAACAGAGUGAAGAUGACUAUGUUUCUAUUCUAAAUCUUUCAACAGUCUGCCUGGAUGAUUUGCGGGUGUCAGGCAAGCAGUUACAACUCCCACCAACAGUGAACAGCACAUCAUGGGGCUAUGUCACCACAUGGCAGGGCAUUGAGCCUGGCUGCCCUGCACCUAAUGCCUGCUCCAAUACCACUUGCACUCCUCCUCUUACAUGCAUCUCUUCUUGGGACACACCCACCUGCAGAUGCAAAUCAGGUCAACAACUAUUGGGUCACAGCUGUGAAGACAUCAAUGAGUGCCUGUGGCAGCCUUGCCUGCAUGGAGGGACCUGCCACAAUCUUCAGCCAGGGUUCCGGUGCAUCUGUGAGCCAGGACACUCAGGAGAGUUCUGUCAGUGGACUGAGCUGCCUCCUGUUGGCUCAGCCCUCACUGCACCACUGGUCAUUGCUGCUAUUUCACUUUCUGUGCUUUUCCUUGUAGUCCUGGCUCUGCUGGUUUCACUGCGGCUCCGACACCAUCGUCUGAUGCGAGCUUCUGCCCAACAAGGAGACAAGAAAGACACUAUUACAGAGAUCCCAGAGAGUUCUACUGAAGAGCUUGACACUUCCACUGAUCAUCAGCUUGCUGUAAUUGAGUGUAUAGAACUUACACCAAAUACAAAGAAAGGUAACAAACAUAAAAGUUGUAUGGAGACUGCAAUGGUAACAGCUGCCCCAGCAACAGCAGUAACACCAGGAAGGCCUGUCAAUGUCUUGCCUGAUGCAACACCUGCCAAGGACGACUUAAGAGCUUAUGCCUAUGAAGGGGAUGGCUCCUCUGCAGGAUCACUGUCUUCUGCACUGGCAGGUCUUAAGGAAGAACCACCAGAUGAAGACACCAUAAAACCUCUUGUGACGGAUUUCUUAGAAGUCAUGGAUCUGCUAAAAAACCUUCCUGAGGCGAGUAGAUCCCCGUCCCUUGCCAGGCCUCAAGUACUGGUGGGGGGUGAGGACACCAAGGACACCGUUGGGCAAGAGUGAAUAUGAGUCACUUGAUGUGUACUUUUGGGCCUAAGGAGUCUCUUCUGUCCUGCCAUCCAUUAAGCAUCAUCACAGUAAUAAACAUGGUGGCAACACUCUUAGCCCAACUAGAUUUGAAGCACUGUGAAACCAUCUGUAAGGCAGCCUGGGUCACCAUCUCUCUAGUGAACCACUGACUUCCCAGGGACUCCUGUUGUUCAUCAUUGACCAUAGGUGGAUAUGCACAGUUCCAUUGCUGUCAUAUUUCUCUUCAUCACAACCUUCAUUUUUAACUGCAUCUGUCACAUGAAGCAAGGACAGUGGCAACAUAGCAAGCAGUCAAGUUAAGAGAAAUACAAGAGAGAGAAAAAUUUUGUCUGUUUAUCUAUGUACUAGGCCAACAAUCCCACAAUGCGGACCCCAGACAAAGCUCCACACUCGUACACACAUUAUUCACACUCUUAUCCUCGUGAGAAAAAAAAUACAUCAAAAUGCUUCACUCUUUGAUUUUCACAAUAAAACCAAAUAAGUGAAGGCAAAACUCAUGAAACUCUUGCAUCAUGACUUAUGAUAUAGAAUGGAUGGAAACACAAAAAUCUCCAUAAAUUUAAAUAUAUACAUCCUUAGAGAUCUCACAGGCACAGGAUAGAUGAGUCACUGUCUGGUCUCAACUUGUCCCUCAUUCAUUCAUAUUAGCCAUCAAGGAACACUACUGCAAGACACUCAUCAGUAGGUGCUGUGUCUCUGUGUUGCCAUUGUCACUUGCUCCAUAAUCUUCACUCAUUUUUGGCAAUUUAUUAAUCACCCCAAGGAUAAUCUUGACUGAGUGUAGUACUAACAUCUGGGCAAAGGGCAUGUAUGAGGAUAAAAUAUAUUGAUUUUUGUAAAGAAGAUUAAAAUUAAAUUAGCCCAAAAGUACAAUGAUGCUCCUAGAAAUUAUAAAUGCUUGAUGGGAAUUAUUAGUUAGAUUUCUCCUGUUGUACUAUUUUGUAUAUUUAUAUAUAAAAUGAUAUACUAA